GCGCCGGGGAGGCUCGGCAGACCUGCUGAUUGGGGACCGAUAUGGCUGCGACUCUGGGCAGCGGGGAGCGCUGGACAGAAGCCCGCAUCAGGACCCGUAGGCUGACCUUUUCCAUCCUGCAGUCAAGCAAAGAGUGUUGAUUCAAUACCUAUUAUGUGCCCAGCAAUAUGCUGAUUGUGCAUCAGGGAUUUGACAUCGAUUUGGGCCCCUGAGAUCACAGAACUCUGAGUCCACUGAGGGAGUAUGACAGCUUACAUUGAUGCAGUUAGAAGAAACAAAUACCCAGAAGAUAGACCUCCUGAAAGUCAUGACCCCUGUGGUUGCUGUAACUGCAUGAAAAUGCAAAAGGAAAAGAAGUCUGAGAAUGAGUGGAACCAAAUCCGGCAGGGUGAGGGGAGUUCCACUUACACUGAGGAGCAGCUGCUUGGGGUACAGAGGAUCAAGAAAUGCAGAAAUUACUAUGAAAUUUUAGGAGUGUCUCGAAAUGCCAGUGAUGAAGAGCUUAAGAAAGCUUACCGAAAACUUGCCCUGAAAUUUCACCCUGACAAGAAUUGUGCUCCUGGAGCGACAGAUGCUUUCAAAGCGAUAGGAAAUGCCUUUGCAGUCCUGAGUAAUCCUGACAAGAGACUCCGCUAUGAUGAAUAUGGAGAUGAACAGGUGACUUUUACUGCCCCUCGAGGCAGACCUUACAGCUAUUACAGGGACUUCGAAGCAGACAUCACUCCAGAAGAACUAUUCAAUGUCUUCUUUGGAGGACAUUUUCCUACAGGAAACAUUCAUAUGUUUUCAAAUGUGACAGAUGAUAGUCACUAUUAUCGCCGGCGGCACCGACAUGAGAGGAUGCAGGCACGGAAGGAAGAAGAAGAAGAAGAAGAAAAGCCUCAGAAUACGUAUUCUGCAUUUAUUCAGUUACUUCCAGUUCUGGUGAUUGUGAUUAUAUCUGUUAUUACUCAGCUGCUAGCUGCUAAUCCCCCAUAUAGUCUAUUCUAUAAAUCGACCUUGGGCUACACCAUCUCUAGAGAAACACAGAACCUGCAGGUGCCUUACUUUGUGGAUAAAAACUUUGAGAAGGCCUACAGAGGAGCCUCUCUACGGGACCUGGAGAAGACGAUAGAGAAGGAUUACAUUGAUUACAUCCAGACAAGUUGUUGGAAGGAGAAACAACAAAAGUCGGAAUUGACAAAUUUGGCAGGAUUAUACAGAGAUGAACGAUUGAAACAGAAGGCAGAGUCACUGAAACUUGAAAACUGUGAAAAACUUUCCAAACUUAUCGGCCUACGCAGAGGUGGCUGAGAGGAUGAUGGCCCUACACAGGGUCGGGGUUUUGCUACUUGUUACUAUUUAUGUUCCUAAUUCCAUUUUAUAAUACAAAAUUAAGAAAUGAUGAACAUUUUACAACUUGCUAACUUUGGUGGGCAGAGUUGAAGGCACUUGAGCAUGGAGCCAGACUUCUCAUCGCAGAAUCUUUCCUGGGGAUUGGCUCCAGGGGCCAUGAACAGUUCAUCUAAGUUGAAUUAACGGCAGAGCGUUUGAUGUAGUCCCCUUGCUCCGUGCCUACCCUGCCUCUAGGAUUGGGUUUCAGGCAUCCCAGAGCAGAUCUACAUAUUCUUCCUCCUUCCCUUCUUCAGUUAAAUCUCAAUGCCCAGCCAUUCCUAGGCGUAGCCAAAGCAGCUUAAUAUUAGUUGUUUACAGUGUGCACGAAGAAUGAUCCCUCUCCCCUCAUGAAAGUCAUCAUGUCCCCUAGCAUUCCGCCCUUGGAACAUGGGCCCACCAUGCUUGCAUUUUCUAAGGGGAAUGUGGAGAGAUGUCAGCUAUUACGGACAAUAGUUUUCCCAUUUGCCUAUCUCUGUUCAAAGUUAUUAGCAUUAGCAAACUGCCUGAUUUGAGUUUCUUUUACUUCCUUAACCCUUUCUCUUGUCGAGGGUCCAGAAAGUAAAAGCUAUUGGGUGAAACAGUUCCAUGGACAACUCAGCAGCAGAGAGCAGGGGUACGGAGAUAAAGGUAAAAAUGCAAGACUGAGUUUCCUCUUGCAGCAUGACAUUUGACCAGAGUCCCUCCACCCCAGAGAAGUCAGACCUAAGAAUAGGCAUUGCCAGCCAACCAAGAUGGUUGCUCAAGCCUAGAUCUAGAAGGGAAAGACCCUGUUUCUGUGGCUUUGGAGGUCUGGUAUUGGUCCCAAGCAGUCACUGUGUUUAACCCAAUGCCCUACAUUUUGUUAUAUGAGAUGCUUUGCCAUGUAGUCAACAUUUAUUGAGUGCCUGGUAUGAAGCAGGGGCUCCCACAUAUAGUUUCUUACUUUAGCCUCCUCAUAAUGCUGUGAAGGAGACAUGUUACCCUCCCCCCCCCCUUUUUUUUAUGAAAGAGACCGUUGGCCCAGAGAGGAUGAAUGGUUGACCCAGUCAUACAAUUGGUAGUGGCAGAGCUAGGCUGAUUAUCAAGAAGGAAGUGUGAGAUCAUUCCCAUUUGUCUGGUGAUUCUAGCCAGAUUGUUAAGGCAUAAUCUUAGGAUGCCCUGGUCCCCCCUGACACUGUAACCCUGUAUCCUUUUUAUGGCAGUCCUGCAUUCAUUCAGGACACUUCUUCCUUGGUCUUUAGAAGCAAGACCCUCUCUAAAAUAAUUCUGUAUACAAAGCAGAAUAGCCACUCAAAGGCAGGUAGCCACUCCCACUGAUGACAAGGAAGAAGUAAGCUGUUUCCUUGGCCUUGUGGUUCUGGGCCCUCUUGUCCCUCUUGGGCCCUCUGGGCCCUCUUGGCCCUCCAAACCCCACUGGAACAUGGGAUCCCUUAGCCUGGCCAAGGUGAGCUGCCAGGAUUGAACCGCCUAGAUCAUUAUGAAUCAGAACCUGGAAAAUCAGUAGGUGACUGUAGUCUGGACUCCAGGAUGAAAGAAAAGUUCCCUUAUUAAAACUGAUUUCCAAAGUAGAGUUUCUCCUUUCAGAUUCAUAGCCAUAAUUUAGGCAGAUGUGUCUAGUAUGGUUCAACAUGGACAUUCCACAGGGUCAGGAGAUGGGUCUAGAGGUGAAGAGUGGAUCUUUGGUGGCUGGUAGGGGGCAACUGCUCAGCUGUGGGAGGGAGCAGUUCUAGAAACGCCAGAUUUUUCUGCCCGACUAGAUCUAUCUUCCUGGUUUGGGGGACUUUCUUGAUCCUUUCUGAGUAAUUGAGGGGAUUUAUACUAUACAAUAUGCCUGUGAGCCAAACAGGCCGAUGGAAAGUUUUCCUAUACACAUAAAAAUCAAAGCUCUUCUCUCCCCAACUCCAAUCUCUGCUAGAAAAUGGGCCAUAAUUAAAUUGACUUGACAUAGAUUUCAUGGCAGAGAUGAAUUAUCUGUGAUGAUACUAAAUAGAGGCAAAACUAACUCCAUUAAAUGUAAGGUCUCUUGUCUGUUUUUAAAGCACUGAUGGUAGUGUUGUAUUUAUUACGUAAUAGACUACAACACUCACAUCUGGCUUUCCUCAGUAGAACGGUAUUUGCCUUUGGCUGAAGAAUAGUUUAAUCUACUUCGUAUGGUCCAAAAUAUGGCUAAACUAUGACUUCCUGGGUUCUAUUUUAGAUGGGUUGUCCACAUGGUGGUAAAAUAAGCGUCUUCCUCUUGCCUCCAUCUUCUGGAAGGUUUCCUGAUCUUUAGGUAAGGCUUAUUCUUGCUGUCUUGGCGUGCAGCUCUACAUGUUUCUGUGAGCAUUAAUGCAGAAUGGGGAUGUGUGAGGUGGGGAAGUGGGGCAAAGCAGGGCUCGUGGCUUAAGCAGAAGGUGAAGCUCCCAUUCAUGAGAAUGAAAGUGCUCUUCACGCUGCCUGAUCAGCAGUGAGGAGGGGAGGGUGAAAACCCUUCUCACACAGAGGACACUGCAACUUCAAGGAAUCCAUGUCCCCAGAUUAGCAACCCUGAGGUUCAUCUGCUCAAACCAGAAAACUUCUGAAUUUCCUUGAUCAGCUCCAGGCCUCACAACUUGGGACAAGUGACUGGUAAGAAAAUGCCACUGCUAUGCUUUGUGUUGGAAACUGUUAGAAAUUAUAGUGAACUCCAAACCCCACUGGAACAUGGGAUCCCGCAGCCUGGCCAAGCCUUGCAUUGUUCUCAUUUUCAUCCUCAUGCUCAGGACUGACUUUGUGAGGAGGCAUUGUUGGGAUUCCGGAAGCUUUCUGUUACAACUGGCCACACCUGCAAGUUCAUUGUCUCUGCAUGCCCUGUUCCUCACAGAAGCUAGCUCUUAAUUAGUAUUUAUUUUGGACUUAUUUAUGGUAUAAGCUUAGUGCUCUAAUAUAUUUAUUUUGGGGAAGGGCCAAGUUACUCUACAUCCUAUGUUUGAGCCUGCAUUGUUGAUACCUCGUGCAGUGACCACCACGUAACUAUAUACCCAUGUGUUCGAUAUUGACGACGUCACUUGCAUCACACUCAGUAUUGGGAAUUAAAGACGUGAAUGUUCUGUGACCAGAGCCAGGUUUGACAGAGGUGGAAUCAGCUCCUGGUGGAAUAUGAAUCUUGAACUCUGGUCACCUGAUCCACUGCAUCUGGAUUGAGUGUAUUUUAACGGAGAAAGAAAUUAAACGAUUUUGUAUAAAAA